CACCACGGAGACCGAGCAACAGCCCCGGCCCGGCACGGCACGGCCCGGCACGGCGGGGUUGUGUUUGUCCGGGGCCGUGUCUGCCCGGGGACUGUGUCUUGGGUGCGUGUCCGGGGACUCUGCCUCGGGAACUGCGUCCGUCCGGGGUCUCUUUCCCGGUCCGUAUGCGUCCGGGAUCUCUGUCCGGGGAGCUCAAGAAAACGUGCUGCUGGCACAUUUAAACUCCUGAGAGGGUAAGAGCACACCCUGGCACAACUUGCGGCAGUGGUGUGGUGAGGAUUGCUGGAAAAAUUCAGAUUUCCUGAAUGGCAAGCCAGGUUUAUGUUAAGACAUGGUGACUGACUUUGAUGAAAAACAUGACGAAUAUUUAAUAUCCCUUCAGCAGAGAAACCGGCUGCAGGAGCGGUUAAGAAGAAAAGAUCCCGUGCAGCUCAGACUGGAGCAGCUGGAGAAGGGAUUUUCCCUGUACGUGAAUGGAGCUAACUCCGAGCUGAGGAAGCAGCGCAGGAAAGUCACCCCUCACAGCUGCCUGAGGAGCAGGAGCAAACCCACCAGGACAAAGGAAGCAGCCCAGUUAGAAGAGAGUGGGCUGCCAGAACACAGCACUCCGACUGCCCCAGGCAAGACACAACGCAGGAAUUGGCUUCAGAAAACUGUGGCGAUUAAAACAGAAGGAGGGGGUAAACUCUACAUUAAACCAUCCCUGGAGUACUCUGAUGAUUUUGAAACCUUUGAAAGCUUGAAUGUGGAGAGCAGCAGUGAUGGUGAUGAUGAUGGUCCUCUGUCCCAGCAGGAAUUGAGAAGCAGCUCGCAGCGCAUUGUGGAAGAGGAGAGGAUGGAAGCAGACUCCCUUAGUGAUGAUUAUGACUCUGUGGAAGAGGAUGUGUUUUCAGAAUCCUCUCCCACUGAGGAAGCAAUUACAGGCUUUGAAGGCCUUCAGCUGCACAGCAGUGGGGCACUGCAGAAGGAAGGUUCUGAACCUCAGGAUGCUGGGAGAUGCUCUAGCCUCGAUUCUGGUGCCCCAGCAGUGCUGGAGUUCCACCAGGAUCAAAGCAAAGUGAAGCCAGUGCGAGUUCUGUCAGCCAAAAGAAAGGACAGUGCUGAAGUGUACAUUCCUGUCAAACCAGUCAUGCUGAAAAAUAAAGACACUCGGCCACUCUCUGCUGAGUCCUUCCACCAGGACAGACAUGAAACAAUUUGUUCCAAGCCCUUAAGUCGGCCAGAAACCUCCCUUUCAGUAACCAGGAAGAAUGUGUGUGAGAAGGAUCCUGACCUCUCUGUUUCAGCUGUUGUUCAAGCAGUGCAGAUUGAGAAUGAAUUCUUGCAGGGAGAUGUGCAAAGGCAAGCAGUUGUCACAAACUCCCAGAAGACUGAACCUCCAGAAAAACGCCAGACAAGGACUGCAGUCACCAGAGCUGUGGAGAGAUUCUGCCCUUUUGGAAGCAGACAAAAGAAGAGACUUCUGAAAGGCUUCAUGGAGCGUGGGAGCCAUUCUGCCUGUGACAGUGACAGAUCCCUGGCUGGUGGCAAAACUGGAGUAAAUUCCAUGUGGAGAGAGAAGAUGACAGCCAGUAUGGAAGUACAUGAUGCCAUUUAUGUGACCAUGGAACUUCUUUCCAACUGGGGGAAUCCAGCAAACGUGGGCCUGAACCAGGUGGAAUUCUUUGGUUCCCACAACGAGAGGAUCUUUGUGUCUCCUCAUGACGUGGACAUUCGCAACGCUGACAACCCAGGGGAUUUGGGCUGCCUGGUCAAUAAGAACUUAAAUCUCCCCAAGGAAAGCUGCCUUUGGAUGUGCCCUUUCCACCCACCCGUCCAACUUUACUUUGUUAUCCGCAAUCCCACCCGCUCACGUGACUUUCGUAUAUCCAAGAUCAAGAUUUGGAAUUACAACACAACAGCUCCCAGUGACCUUGAUGUUGGAGCAAAGAAAGUGAAGCUGUAUGUUGAUGAGAACCUUGUAUUUGAUGGUGAAUUAGAGAGAGGCUCUGGAGAUCUCCUUGCUGACCACAACACCACAAUUGACCUUACAGAUCACAAGCAAAACACCUCAGCAUCUCCCUCAGCUGAGAGGAGAGAAGGAAAUGCACCUGCAGGCCCAGACAAGGAAACAGAGCUACAUUUUAAAUGCUCAGAAUCAAACAGUGCUUCACUGAACUGGAAAGCUCUGCCAGAAGAAAAUCUUCUUGAGCCUAAGAUGAACUCAAUCAGCUUUACAAAGAAAAAUUUGUCUCAGUUAGAGGAUGAUCUAAAAGCGUUCCCAUCUCAAGUUUGUAUAAAAGAUGCCAAAGAGGAGGCAGCACCAGCAGCAGUUCCAGAGCACGUUCAGUCUGAUGAUGAGCUUUGUUUGAGUGAGCAAAUGGAAAAGUUAACAGGAAGAAAACUGACUGAUUCUGCAGGUGCAAUUCCUUCGUGGUUACAGUCAUCUUCCCAGGUAACACAGAAUAAUCAGGUUACUCCCAGCAGGCAGAAGCCUCCGUGGCUUGCUACAGAACCGAAUUUCAGCUCAAAAUUUCAAACACAGCCAGAUGAAAUCAUGAAAAACUUCUCAGAGCUGAUAAGUGAGGAUGUCAAAUGUCAGAGGCAUGAACUGGGAGGACCCAAUAAUAGAAAUGCCACUGGAGAUGGGAGAUCACAAAUGCUGACCAGAAAGGAUGCUGAUGUGGACUUGGACAUUUUUGACCACCUUUCUAACAAAAACUGCUGCAGUUCACAGUACCCUGUGAGUGGAAGGAGAAGUGUCACGUGUGGUAAAAAGCUGGGAUUAAACACUACAAAUCUUGGAGAAGAUGAUUCUGCUCUUAAAGAUGAAGACUUUCUCAUCAAGGAUGUAGCAACCUCUAGAAUGAAGUGGUGCAGUGAGCAGGAACACACUCUGCAGGAGUCCUGGAACUCCUUGGUGAAAUUUAAUUAUUCCCACCGUGGUCGGAUCUCGAACAUGGAUUUUCAAGGGGAUAUCUUUGAUGAGUUUCUUCACCAACAGAAAAUCAACCGGCCUGGAGAAUUUCAGAGAAAAGAGGGACUACAAACACUACCCAAGAGGCAAGAGGAAGAAAAUUCUGUGGAGAUACAGGAUGGAAGUGAUUUUAAAAUCCCUGUUUUACCUUAUGGGCAGCACUUGGUGAUAGACAUCCGAACAACGUGGGGAGACAGACAUUAUGUUGGUCUUAAUGGAAUUGAAAUUUUCAGUUCUAAAGGAGAGCCUGUUCAGAUUGCAAAAAUAACAGCUGAACCCCCUGAUAUAAAUAUUUUACCAGCUUAUGGAAAUGAUCCCAGGAUAGUAACCAACCUAAUAGAUGGGGUGAACCGGACCCAGGAUGAUAUGCACCUCUGGCUGGCACCGUUCACCCCUGGAAAACCUCACUUUGUCUUUAUUGACUUUGUGAAUUCCUGUCAGGUAGCCAUGAUCAGGAUCUGGAAUUACAACAAAUCCCGCAUCCACUCCUUCCGAGGUGUGAAAGACAUUAUCAUGGUGUUGGAUGAGCAGUGCAUCUUUAAAGGAGAGAUUGCCAAAGCCUCAGGAACCUUGUCUGGAGCUCCUGAGCACUUUGGGGAUACCAUAUUGUUCACUACUGAUGAUGAUAUUCUUGAAGCCAUUUACUGCUAUGAUGAGACAGAUGAUGGAGAGAUGGGAGAUUCCAGCUCCCUGAGGUAUGAGGAAGAGCUGAAGAGGCCAACAACUGCAGACAGGGAGGGAGAUGAGAGACCCUUUACACAAGCAGGGUUGAGAACAGAGGGUCAACAGGUUCAAGAGCCAGACUCUGUUUCUGAAGGCAUACCAAAGGAAACAGGAAUAUUCACUGGAAAAUGCCUGCAACUGAACUUCACCAUGACCUGGGGAGACUCUUAUUACCUGGGACUGACAGGACUUGAAGUGAUAGGAAAGGAUGGUCAAGCAUUAAAAAUCAAUGCAGAGCAGAUGUCUGCUUCACCCCAAGACUUAAAUGAUCUUCCAGAGUACACAGGAGAUUCCAGAACGUUGGAAAAGUUAAUAGAUGGGACUAAUAUCACAGAGGAGGAUGACCAUAUGUGGCUCAUUCCCUUCUCUUUUGGAGAAGAUCAUCUGCUCACAAUCCAUUUUGAUAAAACUGAAAGUAUCGCAGGGCUCCGCUUUUGGAACUAUAAUAAAUCUCCAGAGGAUACCUACAGAGGGGCUAAGAUGGUCCAUGUGGUGCUGGAUGGGCACAGCAUCUCCCCCACGGAGGGCUUCCUCAUCCGCAAGGGACCGGGCAACUGCCACUUCGACUUUGCUCAGGAAAUUCUCUUUGCUGACUAUCUACAGCCCCGGCCAGCUCCAAGAGUGCCCAGGAGGGUUCCUUCAAGGACACUGGAACAAGCCAGUAUGGACUAUGAAGCACCAUUAAUGCCCUGUGGUUUUAUUUUCCAGUUCCAGCUGCUGACGAGUUGGGGUGAUCCCUACUACAUUGGUUUGAACGGGCUGGAGUUGUUCAAUGAACACGGAGAGCAGAUCUUGCUGACUGAGAACAAUAUUGCUGCUUUUCCAGAUAGUGUCAAUGUUUUGGAUGAUGUGUCUGGAGACAUCCGGACUCCAGACAAACUGAUUGACAGAGUGAACGACACCACUGACGGCAGGCACAUGUGGCUGGCACCACUUCUCCCUGGUUUGGUGAAUAGGGUAUAUGUCAUUUUUGAUGUACCUACUACCGUGUCAAUGAUCAAGUUAUGGAAUUAUGCCAAGACACCUCAGAGAGGUGUGAAGGAGUUUGGUCUCCUGGUGGAUGAUUUGCUGGUGUACAAUGGGGUUCUGGACAUGGUGAGCCGGGUGGUGUCGGGCAUCCUCCCCACGUGCGACCCCGUGGUGCCCCACCACACCAUCCUCUUCACGGACGACGAGAGGAUCUGCCACCAGCACAGGAGAGCUGUCAUCAGUCUUUUCAGCAAUCAUGUGGAGGAUCAGGAUGUACGAAUGAUGAAUGAAAAUGAGAUUGUCACCAGCAGCAAAAAGAAACAAGUUGUGGCUGAUCCUGCUCUGCGCCCCAAAACCUGCAUCUAUGAGAAAGGACUGCAGAGGAGGAAAAGGUAACAAGGAAAGCCCUGAAUGCAUCCAGCCCUAAGUAACUGCAAUCCAGAUCUCCAAAAUAUGCAUAUCCAAAUGGAAGAUUUUCCAUGUCUGCUGCUGCUGAACCACCUCCUCUUGUGAGAGGCAGUUUUAUUUGCUACAGGAAAUUUUCUUCAGAAAGAAAUCUAAAACAUGAAUUCAGUUUCCUGGAGGAUUCACACGUGAUCUGUCUGAAUUUUCUCCCUUAUCUCUUAACUGAAAAUCCAGGGAAGAAGGAACAUAAAGGAGAGAGUGAGAACCUUUCUACUGACAGCUGCUCUGCCAAGUACUGAGAACUUGGGUUAAGCAGGAUUGUCCACAGGUUUUUUAGAUUAUUUCUAAAGCUUUUAUUCCUAAAUCCUAGCUGGAUAAUCACGAAGAUCCUCACUACAAGGAGGUGUUGCUUUAUUUCUGACGCCUGUAAAAAGUUCUCUGCAAAAUGCACUUAUUAGAGGAAAUACUCCUUAGCUGUUUGACUCUGGGCAUGUUUUGAUGCCAGGGCUGUCUGUAGGAGCUGCCACUGUUUCUGACACCUCGACAGGUUCCACUGGGCUUGCAGAAUUGUGAUGGAUGCUUUUAGGAAGUGGAGAUCAGGAAGUAGCUUUAUCAAGGUUUAAUAAGUGCAUUUCAGCUGUCACCUUUUCAUGUUCUGCAGUGAAAUAAUUAUUUCUUUCAUCAUCUCACUACCGUGGAAAAAGCAAGUGAGGUGUUUUGCCUGGAGUGCCAUUGACAGGCGCUCUGCACAUCCUUCAGAGUCCUCUUGCUGCAGAACAAUGUUUUUUCCUCCUAUUUUGCCUGAAUUUAUAUGAACAAGGAGGCUGUGCCUCUGUGCUGCACUAACCAGAUGUUGCCAGCAACAGAUCAUCACUUCUGAGAAAUGGUAAAUGCCUUUUAAUUAGCUGAAGGUAGGAAGGGAAGUGCAUUUUUCAACAAAAAUACCCUGCACAUGUAGUCAUUUAAAUAAAACUCUACCCAAAUAAAUAUGCUGCAGGAUUUGCUAUGCAAAUGGACUUUUCCCUGAAAACUUGGUGUUUGUGACAACCUAUAAAUCUCUUCCAUGGAUUCUCAUUUAGAACUUGCUCAUUCCUGUGAUUCUGUGAUUGUUUCCAGAGAGAACUGAACGCUGAAGUGAGGAUGUGCUUUUACACAAAAACCAGAGAUCCUGGUGCAGCUCAGUUUAGAAUCAAACUGUGCUGCUUCCCUUUCUGUCCUGUGACAAGUGGAAUAUCUUGUAUAUUUGCUUAUUAAAACUUCACUGCUGUUGCCUGAGCUGAAAGGACACAAGAUAACAAUGCAUUUCCCAGGUUUCUGUGUACUGAUGGAACAAAAGAAUUUAUUUUGUACUAAAUACAAACUACUAUUAAAUGUAAAAUAGCG